GAUGGGUUUGUAGCACUGCGAAUUCUUCCGUGAAAUCAUAAGAAAGAAAGAAAGUGAAAAAUGUUCCGUAAACCGUUUUUUUCAAUCGAUUUGGAAUUGGAAAUGAUUGAAAACAGUGAUCAAAAACUAAAUGUAUGAGCAGUCUGUUGACUCUUUGUAAUGGAAUAAGAAGAGUCCUCAAAUUACACCAUAAAUUUGCUGUUGCAAAUUCUGCAAAUGCUAGGAAAUUUCAUCAAAAACCAGCGCUUAAUGUGAUUUUUUUAUUUUUAUUUGUUUUUUCAACUGAAAAUACGCGAUCAAGAAUAAAGGGAUUGAAUACAAUGGAUAAUGCCGAAAAGUAUGUGCCUUCCGUAAAACAUUACAAGUUGGCAUUAGAUCCACAAUGCGACAUUGACCAAAUAAGUGAAAGAACAAAAAGAGUUUGGGAAAAAGCAUUUCAUAAAUUGAGUGAAGCAAAGGGAAAUCCACCUUUGGAUACAAAUAGACAGCACAGUUAUGACACAAAAGAUGUAGACGCUUCACUUUUUGAAGAAAAAGAACAAUUCCAGAGAUACGAUUACUGCAGUGAUAAUGAAAGCGAUGACGAAGAGGUCAGCGAAGAUCACAUCACAAUUUCAGAAAAAUUAAGGGACGAAACAACCGAGUCUCCCAAAUCAAAUAAAUCACCUGCUUUUAUCGACAACGGUAAUCAAAUCAUGUUUGAACAAUCAGGAACUACUGUCAACGAUGUUAUAGAAAUGGUAGUAGCUUACUGCUUGCGAUAUGGCGAUUCUCAAAAGGGUCGAAAAAUGUUAAUUGAAAUGUUUAAAAUUUGCGCAGGACCAAAAUUCAAAAAUCUAAACUUAUCAAACUAUAAAUUGUCAAAAAUUUUCGAUCCACCACCUCAUGUAACAACAUAUCAUUUCUAUUGUAAUAACUGUUUUGAAAAAGUGGUGCAUUCGUCUUCAAAAUCAGAAAUCAAAGGUCAAACCUCUCUUUGUGAGCAUUGCAAUAGUAAUUUACUUAUUAAGCUUAGCAAUCCGAAUUAUUUUGUCAUUAACAACUUGGAGUAUCAAUUGCAAACAUUGUUCAAAAAUAAGGAAAUUUUAAAGUAUUUCCUCGAGAACUCUGUGAAAGAAACUUGCUCAAUUGAUAAUACUACACUAAGUGACGUAAGUAGUAGUGUAUUGUAUCAACGCACUAUUGAAAAACAUUCAGCAACAUUUACGUAUACAAUUAGUACAGACGGUGCUCCUCUUUUCAAUGUUUCUAAAAGAUCAUUUUGGCCACUUCAAAUCAUUUUAAACGAGUUACCCGUUAAGCUACGUUUCAAAUUUGUUUUGUUAGCUGGAGUUAUGAUAGUGACAACUGAACCGAAACCGAAUCUCAUGAACCUAUUUCUCGGAGAAUUCAUUAGACAAGCCAAUUUGAUACACUCGAAAGGAAUUAAAAUUAAAUUAUUGAAUGAAAAUCGCGAAAUAAUAUUACAAUUUACUCCUAUAAUAAUAGUCGCCGAUUCUGUUGCACGGCCUAUACUGCAAAAUAGAUUGCAGUAUAACGGAAACUUUGGUUGUAGUUAUUGCUAUCAAAGGGGAACGUACUUAAAUCAUUCAAUGAGAUAUCCUUUUCAAGAAAUAGAGCCAGAAUUGAGAAGUCAUGAUUCGCACAUGAGAGAUAUAGGUCAAAUAAAAGGUCCUGGGUCGUCGUUUCAAGGGGUUAAGGGAAAGUCAGCCUUUAUAGAGCUGUCAAAUAUUGACAUGUGCUGGAGUUUUGCUCUCGAUUAUUUGCACAAUGCUGUAUUUGGAACAACCGAACAAGUAUGGAAUUUAUGGUUUAAACUAUUAACUGUACAAGAGCGUAAAUUAAUUGAUAAUCUGCUUCUUUACCAACAACCACCAAGAGAAUUGUUUAGACUUACGUUAAAAAUUUCAAACAAAAGCGUUUGGAAGGCUACAAAUUGGAAGUCCUGGUUAUUGUACUUUAGCCUUCCAAUUUGUUCUCCUUUUAUACAAGAUCAUGAUCAUCUGGAUAUGUUGGAAAAUUUUGCGUUGUUUCGAAAUAGUAUCUUUACAAUGUUAAAACUGAAAAUUACACAAGACGAACUCAAUACUUGCGAACAAAAUAUGUUACAGUUUACAGCGGAAUAUGAAAACUUAUAUGGUCCUGAAAACGUUACUUUUAAUGUUCAUGCUUCGAAUCAUAUACCUUUGUCAGAAAAAAUGUCAGGCCCCUUAUGGGCAACAUCUGCAUUUCCGUUCGAAAGAAACAUACAUUUUAUUAAGCAAACAAUUAAUGGACCUAAAAGUGUGGAACAACAGAUGUCUACAAAGUCCUUAAAUCUUCUCAAAUAUAAAAUUCGCCCACCAAAUAAUAAUGUUUCCGAAAUAGCUCAGAAUUACAUUAAAGCGAUUUUUAGUUCUGAAACAUGCACUAAGAGUACUGUGAGAAGAGGUAAAAUUACUUUCUUCCGACCCGAUCCGAAAAAUAUUUUCGAAUCUGUCCAAGAGAAGGAAUUUGAAAGAUGUGUCUUUCAAAACCUCACUUUCAGCAGUACGAAGUACUUAAAAUCGAAACGAUGGAACGAUACCGUUAUUGAAUUGAAAAAUGGAGAAUUUGUUCAAAUAACAAAAAUUUGUUUAAGGCCAGAUGAUUCAUGUUCUUUUUAUGUAAAGAAAAUAAUUGUCGCUCCAUAUUUUGUAGGGAAUAUACAAAUUGUUGGUAUGUGGAUAGUAAGAGGCAAUGACAAUCAUGAAAACGUAUCAGUGGCAGAAAUUCAUUCAAAAGCAGUGGUUAUAGAAUUGGUGUCUACGCAGUUAGUUUGUUCGAUACCAAAUACCGUUGAAGCGCAGUAAUUUAGAAUAAUAUUAUCUUUUAA